GUCUUAAAUUUGCAUGCUAUUGAUGAUGACAUUCCGGAGCUAAAUGAGUAUUUCCGUGUGACAUUAGUCUCUGCAGUGUCUGGAGAUGGAAAACUAGGUUCGACUCCUACCAGUGGAGCAAGUAUAGACCCAGAAAAAGAAACUACUGAUAUCAGCAUCAAAGCCAGUGACCACCCAUAUGGUAAUGAAGAUGGGGAUGGUCUACUACAGUUCUCUGUGGGGCCACCUCCUCAGCCAGGUGAUGAAAUGAUUCUGACAGCCUCUGCUCUGCCUCAUAUUACAAUUAAAGAAGAAGUUGGACACAUCAGAUUACUGGUAGUUCGUGCACAAGGCCUUCUUGGAACAGUUCUGGUGGAAUACAGAACAGUGUCACUUACAGCUUUCAGUCCUAAAGAUUAUCAGGCUGUUGUGGGCACGCUGGAAUUUCAGCCAGGAGAAAGAUACAAGUACAUUACUGUUAACAUCACUGAUAAUUCUAUUCCUGAAUUAGAAAAGACUUUUAAAGUGGAGCUGUUGAACCCAGAGGGAGGAGUUGCUGAGCUCUUUAGAAAUGAUGGCAGUGGUAGUGGUGAUGGGAACAUGGAUUUCUUCCUUUCAACUGUCCAUCAACAUGCUAGCUUGGGAAUUGCAUCCCACAUCCUUGUGACUAUUGAGGCCUCUGAUGAUGCUCAUGGUGUGUUUGAGUUCAGUACUGAGUCACUCUCGGUAAAUGGAACUGAGCCUGAAGAUGGAGAUAGCAACAUCGUGCUGCAGGUUGUGAGAACCCAUGGGGCCUUGUCUCAGGUGACACUGCAUUGGAUCAUAGUCUGUGAUCUUACUGAAGACCUGAUCUCUACAGAUGGGAACCUAACAUUUGAUGUUGGCCAAACGAGAGCAAAUGUUACAGUACAGGUUUCUCCUGAUGAUGUUCCUGAAUUGGAUAAGGUGUUUUCAGUUUUGAUCAUCAAUGUCUCCAAUGGUCGUCUUGGAAAUCAUACUAAUGCAACAUUAACUAUUUUAGCUAAUGAUGAUCCAUAUGGAGUCUUCAUCUUUUCUGAGCAAAACAGACCAAUAAAAGUUGAGGAAGAAACAAAAAAUAUCUCCCUGACAAUAAUAAGGUGUGGUGGUCUCUUUGGGACAGUGAUGAUAACAUACAGAACUAUUGGUGAUGAUGAAAAUUCUCCCUUUCUUCCACCUGAUGUUGUUAGAGCAAUACAGGGAAAAGAUUAUAUACCCAUUACAGGUUACAUAAUCUUCGCAGCCAAUGAAAGUGAGGCCACAAUAUUUUUGCCUAUUUUGGAUGAUGACGAUCCUGAGAGGUCCGAGUCUAUUUUUGUGGAGCUAAGCAGUAUUGUUUUGAUUGAGAAAGUACAGGAUCGGCCAAUUGUAAAUUCUCCUCGACUUGGAGUAGUGGGUGAAACAACAGCUCAUGUAAUUAUCAAUGCCAAUGACGAUGCUUUUGGAACACUUCAGCUUUCAGCUUCAACUGUGCGAGUUGCUGAAAAUUAUGUUGGGCCAAUCAUUAAUGUGACCAGAACUGGGGGAUUAUUUGCAGAUGUUUCUGUGAAAUUUAAAGCUAUGCCAAUAACUGCAACAGCUGGCGAGGACUACAGUGUAGCCUCAUCAGAUGUUGUCUUACUAGAAGGAGAAACAAGUAAAGCUGUGCCAAUUUAUAUUAUUAAUGAUAUCAAUCCUGAAGUUGAGGAGUCAUUCUAUGUUCAGCUGCUGAAUCAAACAACAGGAGGAGCCUUGCUUGGAUCUUUGACUAGGGCGAUCAUAACUAUUGAGGUUUCUGAUGACCCAUUUGGAUCCUUUGUUUUUCAGAUUACCGAAUUCACUGUGGAGGAGCCUGAAUUUGGAUCAGUAACUAUAAAUCUGCCAAUAAUCCGCAAUGCUGGGACACUUGGUAAUGUUACUGUUGAGUGGGUUGCUACCAUUAAUGGACAACCUGCGGAUGCUGACAUGCAGGUCACCUUGGGUAAUAUUACUUUUGCCCCUGGUGAAGCCAUUCAGAUGUUGCUGUUGGAAAUCUUGGCUGAUGAUGUUCCAGAAAUAGAAGAAAUUGUCCGUGUAGAAUUAACUCAAGCCUCCAGUGGUGGUGCUAUUGGGUUAGAUGGCGUGGCAAAUAUUAUAAUACCUGCCAAUGAUAAUCCUUAUGGCACAAUUUUCUUUCAUCAAUCAUUAUAUCGAAUUCAAGAGCCACUAGAAAGAAAUUUACUUGCAAAUAUAACAGUCAGGCGAAGUGGGGGAAGGUUUGGUCAGCUGCAGAUAUUUUACAGCACUUCUGAGAUUGACAUCAUAGCUCUUGCCAUUGAGCAAGGUCAGGAUAUCCUGGCCUGUUAUGAGUCUCCUGUGCAAGGAAUUUCUGACCAACCACCCAAGACCAGAGUGAAUGUGUCGGCAGCAAGUGACCCACUGUCUGCCUGUGCAACUCAGUGCCUAAAAGAACAAGCGUGUUCAGCCUUCACGUUUUCCAGUGCCUCUGAGAUUCCUCUCUGCCUGUGGCUGGCAUCGGAGGUCAGCCCAUUGACUAACACUUCAGGAUUCUGGACCUACAAGAAAAACAUCACCAGUGCAUCUGCUCUCUUUAGCACACAAGCCAUCGCUGGUAGUGAUUAUGAAUCUAUUACAAGACAGUGGGCCAUAAUGCAGGAAGGGGAAGAGUUUGCAGAUCUCACAAUUACCAUAUUCCCUGACAGUCUGCCAGAGUUGGAUGAGAAAUUCACUAUAUCCCUUUUGAAAGUUGAACUAAUGAACGUCUCAGCCAGCUUAAAAAAUCAACCAACUAUAGGACAGCCAAAUACUUCCACAGUUAUCAUAAUGAUGAAUGGAGAUGCAUUUGGAGUAUUUAAGAUCUACAGCGUAAGUCCCAAUGCGACAGAGAAAGGUCUGUAUAUUGAAGUAGAAGAACGUCCUCAGACCAACGUGCAGCUAAUGAUACAUAGAACAGAAGGCAGCCUGGGACAGGUGACAGUGGAAUGGCGUGUGGUUGGUGGAACUGCUACCCCAAACUUGGAUUUUGUAGGUGUUGGUGAGACUCUGGUGUUCGCUGAAGGGGAAACAAAAAAGAUGGUCAUGCUGACCAUUUUAGAUGAUCCAGAGCCAGAGGAUAAUGAAAGUAUCAUAAUCAGCCUGGUCCAUACUGAAGGAGGGAGUCGGAUUCUGCCCAGUUUUGACACUGUCACAGUGAUUAUUCUGGCAAGUGACAACGUGGCAGGAAUUAUUAGCUUCCAGACGGCCUCAAGAUCUGUUAUUGGUCAUGAAG